UAAAUAUACCAAUGUACCAAAUUAACCUACAAUACAAAACAAAAUUCAUGUAAAACAAUACAUGCAAGUACGUGUUGGAAUUCAAAAUUAUUUUAAAAAAUAAAUCUAUUUUAGAUAACGUCCAAUAUAAUAUAUCUAGUUUGCUCUAAAGUUUUCAUAAGAAGUAAUGGGUAAGAAAAGAAAGUUGACUAACAAAGAUGACGAUUUUGAAUAUGACCCCGUACCCAAACAUUUAAUUACUUCACAUAUACAAAAACAAGAAAAACGUCUGAUAGUUAUUUUGGAAAAUGCACAACUAGAAACAGUGAAGACAGGCAAUACUUUUGAGUUGUUAAACUGUGAUGACCAUGCCAACAUACUGCGUAAAAAUGACCGUGAUCCAGGUUCAUGUCGUCCGGAUAUCACCCAUCAGUCACUACUAAUGUUGAUGGACUCUCCACUGAAUCGUGCAGGCCUCCUGCAAGUGUACAUACACACUGAAAAAAAUGUUCUCAUAGAAAUAAAUCCACAAACUCGAAUACCAAGAACAUUUAAAAGAUUUGCUGGAUUAAUGGUUCAGCUGUUACACAAGUUCGCAAUCAGAGCUUCAGAUGGGCCCAUGAAGCUAUUAAAAGUCAUAAAAAAUCCUGUGACGUCACACCUACCUGUUGGAGUGAAGAAGAUCACAAUGUCAUUUAGUUCGAAAAUGGUACAAAAUUGUAGACAAUUAGUACCGAAAACGGAUCCUGUCGUCCUAGUGGUAGGAGCCAUGGCUCAUGGGAAAGUGGAGGUGGAUUAUUCGGAGGAUGUGAUAUCCAUAAGUAACUAUCCAUUGUCAGCUGCAUUAACAUGUGCAAAAUUAUGCUCGGCGUUUGAAGAAGUUUGGGGAGUGGUGUAAUAAAACAUCCAAA